AUGUCUGUGAUUCGAAACGUUGCAAUUGCCGGUGCCUCGGGCGACCUCGGCACCCCAGUCCUAAACGCCCUCAUCGAAUCCAACAAGUUCAACAUCACCGUUCUGACCAGACACUCCUCCAAAGCACAAUUCCCCGCUACUGUCCGGGUAAACCCCGUCGACUACAGCUCUCUCCCGGAGCUCACAGCCGCUCUAAACGGCCAAGACGCCAUCAUCUCAACCCUAACAACCGCCGCCAUGGACGUCCAGCACACGCUAAUUGACGCUGCAAUCGCUGCCGGGGUCAAGCGAUUCAUCCCGUCCGAAUUCAGCUCCAAUAUCGGCAAUCCCAAGGCCUCCACACUGCCCGUCUACCAGUCCAAGAUCGCCGUCCACAAGGCUCUCCAAGCUCAAUCAGCAGAGAACCCCACGUUCACCUAUACAUUGAUCCGCCACGGACCCUUCCUUGACUGGGGCCUUAGGGCGGGGUUCUUCUUUGACUUCAGGACCGAAACGCCCCCUUUCUAUGAUGGCGGCGAUCGGCCGUUUAGCACCACUACUCUAUCCACGAUCGCUCAGGCGGUCAUUGGCGUUCUGACGCAUUUCGACGAGACGAAGAAUCGACCCGUCUAUGUGCAUGAUCUGGUCACCACGCAGCGCCAGAUCUACACAAUCGUCCAGAAACUGGCUCCCGGGCGGAAGUGGAAUCCGGUGGAUAUUAGUACAGCCGAGCUGGAGGCGAAGGCGCGGGAGGAAUGGGCGAAGGGGAACACGGAUUUGCGGUCUAUUGUCGGUCUUUUGUGUCGGGCGGUGUUUGCGGAGGGAUAUGGCGGGGAGUUUAAGGAGGUCGACAAUGAGCUUCUUGGAUUGGGAUUGAAGACGGAGGCUGAGCUGGAGGAGGUGGUGAAGGCAGUUUUGGGUGAUUUACUGUGA